GACUUGACGGUGGUCCCUCCGAGCAGCAGCGUGGGAUAAUUGGAUGAGAGGAUGCUCUGGGAGAGAGGGGUGAGUGAACAGCUGGAUGAUGGGAUUUAACAGAGACACCUGAUUUUACAACGAUCUGCACUCAGUGCCACACAAUCUACCGUCCUGUCUGCCGUUGUUCGGCGUACCACCUGAUGUGCAUUGCCCGCUGCUUGAUCCCCCUCUGUUUCCGUCGGUUCUUCUGAGGGGGAUGCGACGGGCCCUUGGUGCUCUGCGCACAGUGGCAACAUCCAUCAGCAGCUGCUCUGCUUUCACAUGUCGGGAGCUUCAUCAUCUUCAAUACGGAAAAUAAAUCUGAAGGCAGGCAAAAGGAUUUUUAGAAAAACGGAAUAAGAAGGCGUCGUGCAGGGCAGACAUCUCUGUGUGAGUCUCCUCCCUCUCUCCUGUGCCAGUCCUGUCUGUCGGGGUGAUGGCUGCGUUGUUGGUGCUUCUUCUCUCCAUGGUCUUCCUCUCCCUCCAAACUUCUGCUCAAGCAUCUCCUUCCUGCCCUGUGAGUUGCCGAUGCUACAGCCUCACUGUAGAAUGUGGCUCCACUGGCCUGAAGGACAUCCCCAAACACAUUCCUCCAUCCACACAGACUGUUUUCCUUCAGGAUAAUGUGAUCGGCCAGAUCCGUCGACAGGACCUCCCUCUGCUGAGGCACCUGCACUACUUGUACCUGCAGAACAACACCAUUUCAGCAGUGGAGCCUGGCUCUUUCCAGAACCAGGGUCAGUUGUUGGAGCUGGCUCUGAACGGGAACCGGAUCCACCUGGUGACAGCUGACAUGUUUCAGGGACUUGAACAUCUCCGCAUUCUUUACCUUGCAGGAAAUGACAUCACACGCCUGCUCGACUACACCUUCCGGGGCUUACAGCGCCUGCAGGAACUCCAUUUGCAGCACAACAGUAUAGAGUUGUUGGCAGACCAGGCUCUUGUUGGUUUGAGUUCUCUGGCCUUGCUGGACCUGAGCAGGAAUAAUCUUCACACUAUUGGCCCUGCAACUCUGAGACCUUUGGUCAGCCUGCAAGUGCUGCGCAUCACAGACAAUCCAUGGCGCUGUGACUGUGCUCUUCACUGGCUGAGAAGCUGGAUUGAUGAGGAGGGCCAGCGGCUGCUCAGUUCGGCAGAACGUCGACUGGUCUGCACUGAGCCACCACGCCUUUCCCAUCUUAGCCUGGUGGAGGUCCCCCUCAACAGCCUGGUUUGUAUCCCUCCACUGGUGCAGCUGGAGCCCAGGAGACUAGCUGUGCGCCUGGGAGAGAGCCUCAGGGUGUCCUGCCACGCUUCUGGUUACCCUCGGCCACAGGUGACCUGGAGAAAGGCGUCCCAGGGUAAAGUAGUGCUUUCUCCCAGAGGCCUGGUUCAGGAGCUCGGUGCUGGAGUAGCUGGAGGAAGCAGAGCAGAGGAGCCCUCAGAAGAAAGCAGAGUCAGUCUUCAGAAGACAGAGGGCGAGCGUUUUGACCCUGACACUGGCAGCGGAAUGCUGUUUCUCAGUAAUGUGACUGUGGCUCACGCAGGUUUUUAUGAAUGUGAAGCCUGGAACGCAGGGGGUGUGGCCAGGGUAACUUUUCAGCUUGCCAUCAACUCUUCCUCCUCCUCCUCUUCUUCCUCCUCCAUCUGGGCAUCAUGGUCGCAGGUGUCCUCAGCGUACUCACCCGCCUGGCCUCGGUUACGGAGCCACGGUUCUGCUGCGGGCUCAGACGUAAGCCGUGAGCCACUCUACGCUCUGGGCAGCAUGGCCUUCAGCGCUCUGGGAGCCGCUACUCAGACUGCCAUCGCUGUGGGCAUCUCCCUGCUGGCUCUGACUGCUCUGCUGCUGGUCGCUAUGAUCUACAGCCGACAUCACCAACGAGACAAGGAAGCUGAAGGUGCUGAGAAGCAGGACGAAAGUAUUCUGUACGUGAAUGAUUACUCCGAUGGCCCCACCACCUUUGCCCAGCUGGAGGAAUACCGUGACGAGCGUGGCCAUGAGAUGUUUGUUCUUAACAGGGCCAAGCCUGUGCUGCCUCCUGCUCCACCCACUGCUGUCUCCACCACUAACCUGGGUUGCCCCGCUCCAUCUGACACCUCCAGCCACACCCUCUCCUCAGGGGCAGGCCAAAGCACGAGUCCCGCUCUGGUCCCCAACAAGCAGCUGCAGCAGCAGGAGGGGGAUAUACGGACCAUGAGGAGAAUGGCGGGGGAGGGAGGGGAGGCAGAUCCUGUGAUAUCGUCAGAAGCUGAGGGGAUGUUUCUCAAUCACACAGGCCUGUUCAUGGACUCUCAGAUUGCCUAUGAGAUCCACUGCUGAAAAGGGGAGGAAAUCCACUGCAGAGGGAUUGUUUCUGUGAGAAAGAGGUGUACAGCAAAGCCUGUCACAUCUCAUCUAAGGGGCGUCAGGGUGCCACUGCUGGAAUCUACCAGUAACUGACAGAAACUCUCAUUCCUGCUGAUGACUUAUCAGCCCUUAUCUGGGGAGGUUUGCACAUCUGACAGAACAUUCGGGUUGGUUGAAUCAAAAGCACUGGUACUUUCAAUGACAUACUGCAGCCUUAACACCAAAAUGUCAGUGGUGAGUAGGCCGGUGGAUCGUUUGGCUUUGAAAUGCCACAAACGAAAAGACAACUCAAGUUGGACUCAGGUAUAUACUGAGCUGCACACAACUAAACCUCCAUGUACAUGGACAUCUGGAUCAACAUUUACCAGGACUAUUUUAAAUCUAUAAUACUUCCAUCAUCAUUACUGCACAAGAGUUAACAUCUGUAGGUUGGUUGUUAUUUGCAGGGCAAGUGUAACAGAGGAAUAACUGACUCUUCUUGAUAACAACCUUGCAUUGUUUUAUAACUUAUCAAUGUAUUGACAUGUUUUCAUUUCAUCUCAGACUGAGUAGGUUGCUGAGAAUCUUAAUGCAGCACAGUGAUGCUGGAACAACAACAGCCUACUUUUUUAAAAUAUUUGUUUCUGUGUGAGAGCAUGUAAAUCAUCACAGAGGAUGAAAUAUAAAGGAUUUUCUUUUUGUUAUUUUUCUAUCUGACCCUUAACAAUUGUCUGAGUGCUAAUUUCUGGUCAACAUCCUGUUUCAAAACUACACAGACACAUGCUCUGUCUCUGUUUGAGUUGGGUAGCUUCACUGAGUCUGACACUGGUUGUUGUGAAUUACUGGUAUUAUGAAGCUAGUUGGCCCCCGCGACUGUCUUCACCUGGAUAGUCUAUAUUCAGUAUAAGUCUGCAUCAACAGUGCAGUGUAGGAUGUUUCAUAUGAAAUAAUAUGAAACUGUUUUGUAUUAGGGAUGGGCAUUUCAAUCCAAAUAGUGAGCACUGGCAGCGUCUGUCUUGACCUUUAUCUUUCAGCUGUGUUUCUGUGACGCAGCAGCGUGGUGUGUGUUUACAUUUUACAGCCACGCUCAGUCUUUGCAGUUUUUGCCGUUUCUGAAUCUCACACCACUACACACGUAUUUCCAGCGACUGUUGCUAAUGUUUGUUUUUUUUACUUUUGCUAUUUAAUGCAGUUAGCAUUCUUCUCCUCCUGCUAACUACUUAAUGCAGUUAGCAAACAGUUUUAAGAUGCUAUGUAGCCCCCGUCUGGCGGGAAUACCGUAUUACAACCAGGCACCGGUGAAAACGAUGAAAAAUUGUACUUUUAAAAUAAGGUAAUAUUCAAAGUAACUCUGAUUUUUUUUUACAUUUAUUUAAAGUUAUUUUUUUGGGCUUUUGUGCCUUUAUGGGACAGGAAAGGUGAAGAGAGACAGGAAAUGUGGGGAGUAGAGAGUGGGGGAAGACAUGCAGUAAAUGGUCUAUCGGCCGGGAGUCGAACCGGCGACCUCUGCGACGAGGACUAUAGCCUCUAUACGUGGGGCGCUUAGACCGCUAGGCCAAGAAAUUAAGCUGUUGCAGAAGCAGAAAGGAAUAUCUGGGAAUAUUAAAGUCUCAAAGUUAGGUCAACAUAAAUUAUUAGGCUAAUGGCCCAGUUAAUAUAGUCAGAAACAUGAUCUGUAUUCUCACGCCUCAAAUGAUUAAUCUAUGAAUAAAUUGUAGGAUGAAGGAGAAAUUUAUAAAAAAAAAAACAAGUGGAGAGACUGGUUGAAUAAAGACUUUAAGGAAAGUAAAAAAAAUAAUAAUGUAGGCCUUAAAAGGUCUGACUGACUAAAGAGUUUCCCUUCUAAAUGACUUUUUCCAAGUAGCCCACAUUAGGCAUGUUUCAUUUAAACUACAGUCAAAUCAUAAAUUUAAAAAGAUGAAGUAUGAAUAUUCUGAAUACCCUCCUUACUCAACCACAUGUCAUUUAAAUGUAAAAUAUAGACACUUUUGUUCCUGCCAGAAUCCACCAGGAGCUCAAUUUUACCUUUAAUCUCACUGGCCAGGGGUAAGCAGGCUUUGAUCUCAUUCUUUAACUUAUUUUCUGAGUGUAUUUAUUUGAACGUGGCAGUACAACAAGAUUUAUAAUACCAGGGAUAUGUAUGUAUGUGGCACAUUGUACACACAAAACAAGAUGAUUAAAUUAUGUGCACUGAUGAUAUUUGAUUAAAUGAUUUUAUUUAUUUACCCUUUGUUUUAACUUAUCUUCUUGUGGUCCCAUAUUCAUACAGAUCAUGACAAAACUGUUCAUAGCUCAGAUAGUAGUUCAUUCCUUUAAUGUAUUUGAAAUUGUCUCAUCAUUAAAAACAGUUGUGAAGAAAA